CUACUUGAUAAUUAUUAAUUUGCCUUGCGCUAGUGAGCUGAGUAGUGCGAACGGUAUUAUCUUUACAAUAUUUUUUAUUUUCAUUCGUACUAACGCCCAACUCUGCUCAAAUUGGUCUCCGUUAUUCGUCUUUCACCCCGACGGCGAUCCGGCAUUAACCAAACAUGAGCUGCCUGAUCACGAUCAUUGCUCUGGCUACCGCCGCCCUGGCGUCCGCAAGUGCCCAGAGCCACCAGUUAUACGUCCUCAACUGUCCUGAAAACGUCAAGAUCGGUCAGUCGUCCGUGCCAUUGCGUGCCACUGAGCUGGCCGAUGUUGUAUCAUCGACAUUGGGCUUCACCGUCUCAAAUGGAGUAAAAACUUGGAGCAACUUAAUGGUGGCAGAUCCAUUUUCAUUACCUGAAGCUGUAGUUGUCCUUGAAAUACCAGGAUCAAACAAUCCUGGUUUUGACCUAAAUAAAGUUGACCAUCAUGAUUUGAUUUUGGAUGAACCCUUAGAUGAAGUGUAUGCUACUGUGGAACAUAGAAUGAAGGAGAGGCUCGACAAUAAGGAUUAUAGCAUUAUGCAUGGUUCCUUAACCAAUGAAGAAUUUCUGAAAAAUCAAGUAUUCCAUCCAAAUUUUAAACUUAAUCCUAGUAUUAAACCUCAACAUAUUGAUUCAUAUGAUGAAAAGUAUAAAGUAUUUUUUAAUGAAAUUUACAACUUGCAUCAAUUGGGACAAGGUGUCAAAGAGAGUAUGUUGAAAAAUAAUGUACCAGAUUUACACUGGUUUCAAUUGCAAGGUGUAAAAGCUUUGACUGCUGUCAAUGGACAAAAUUCAGACAAAACUAUUGAUGGUGAAAAGGUCUUGAAUGAAGCUAUAUCUACUUUGGUCCAGUCAUAUAAUGAAAUUUACAAUAAUGAGGUGUUAAUAAUUGCUAUUACCAACAAUGCAAAAGAAUCGCAUAGAAAGAAACGUGAACUUAGUAGCAUGGAAAGGGAUCUCAAUGUUGCUGAACCAGUAUCAAACGACUUUCCAGUCAUAUUCAAUCUUAUACUGUGGUUCGUUGUUAUAUUUGUCUUCUCCCUUUUAGCCAUAGCAUUGAGCAUUGCCCAAAUGGAUCCUGGUCGCGAUUCAAUCAUCUAUCGAAUGACCAGCAAUAGAAUGAAGAAAGAAAACUAAGUGUUCAUAAAAUGACAUAGCUGAAAAAAUCAGUCAGCGCAAGUAAUAGUUAUGAAUUGAUUAAAAAAAAAAACAACAACAACUUAAAUUUGGCCUAGACUCCAUUCCAAU